CCCGCCCGGGGAGGCUCGGCUGGCGCUCCCGCCGCGGCGCCGGCUCCGCCGCCUGGGCCCCGGGCCCGGCCCCUCCCGCGCCGCCCGGGCGAUGAGAAGCUGCUUCUGCGUGAGACGGAGCCGGGACCCGCCGCCGCCCCCGCGGGGAACAAACCAGUCCACCAUGCCUGAAGUGAAGGACCUUUCGGAAGCCUUGCCGGAGACCUCAAUGGACCCCAUCACGGGAGUCGGGGUGGUGGCAUCUCGGAACCGAGCCCCGACAGGCUAUGAUGUAGUGGCACAGACGGCAGAUGGCGUGGAUGCUGACCUCUGGAAGGACGGCUUAUUCAAGUCCAAGGUUACCAGAUACCUGUGUUUCACAAGAUCAUUUUCCAAAGAAAAUAGUCAUUUGGGGAAUGUGCUAGUGGACAUGAAGCUCAUUGACAUCAAGGACACGCUGCCCGUGGGCUUCAUCCCGAUCCAAGAGACGGUGGACACACAGGAGGUGGCUUUUAGAAAGAAGAGGCUGUGCAUUAAAUUUAUCCCCCGGGAUUCCACGGAAGCUGCCAUUUGUGACAUUCGCAUCAUGGGCCGGACCAAGCAGGCGCCUCCUCAGUACACGUUUAUCGGGGAACUGAACAGCAUGGGGAUCUGGUACCGAAUGGGCAAAGUGCCAAGGAAUCACGACUCGUCCCAGCCCACCACGCCCUCACAGUCGUCGGCCGCCUCCACCCCAGCCCCCAACCUGCCCAGGCACAUCUCUCUAACACUGCCUGCCACCUUCCGAGGUCGGAACAGCACCCGCACGGACUACGAAUACCAGCACUCUAACUUGUAUGCCAUUUCAGCAAUGGAUGGCGUGCCUUUUAUGAUUUCUGAGAAGUUCUCCUGUGUUCCCGAAAACAUGCAGCCCUUUGACCUCCUGGGAAUCACCAUCAAAUCUCUAGCAGAAAUUGAAAAGGAGUACGAGUACAGCUUCCGCACGGAGCAGAGCGCGGCCGCCCGGCUCCCGCCCAGCCCCACCCGGUGCCAGCAGAUCCCCCAGUCCUGAGGAGCCGGCCAUCUGGGGGAGAAGACACCUUCUGCCUGGUGCCCACACUACUGACAGGGUGGCUGGGGUUGUGGGGCGCCCCCUCCCUCGCCCGCCCCUGCCUCCCCCCUCCCCGGCACCAGCCGGCCCUUCCCUCAGCGUGCCCGUGCCCGCCCACCGCCCCGGAGACUGGCAGCUGAGCGACCCGCCCGGUCCUCGGCUUGCUUGACGAGACCCCCCCCCGGCCUCCCCGGGGACACUGUCCAUAAUCGUGACUAAUCUGUGUGUGCUGUAGCGACCAGCGGCUCCCCCCCACGUGUUGUGUGAUGACCAUUGCGCAAAUCCUCCCCGCCCAGAGUCACCCCCAAGGGCCAGGCAGCCACUCCUGAUGCCCAGGGACGCCCGCUGGCUCCUGUUCUCCUGCCCCCCCCCGCCCCCGUGGGAACCCCACAAACCCACUGCCCUUCCUGAGGACCCCAGGGGUGGCCCUCAGGACAUGCGAUGUCCUCUGACCCAGGGCUACCCAUAGCCCCCCCCUCCCCCGGACUCUACAGCAACCCUGAGGGGGAGCCAGCAGGCCCUGCUCCACGCCACGCAGCCGUGGACCCCUCGGCGGGUCACACACUGGACGUCGGGGACUGGUGCGGUGACCGUGACGCGUGCCCGCCUGGAUGUGGGCGUGGCUGCCAGGCGCUGCUCCUCCGCACUCUCCACCCCCCAAGGGCUCCUCGUAGGGUGCCACCUGCCAACCACAGCUCUGCCUGCCUCCGCCCUGAGGUGGCCCCAGCCCCGAGGGACACCGGCGCAGAGGCUCGGCUCGGACGCGUCACGAACAAGGCCUCCCAGCCAGGAGCCACUCCUCCCGUGUCAGGUGCAGACUCGAGGUGAACCCCGUGCUUGGUGCCGUGCAGACUCGAGGUGAACCCCGUGCUUGGUGCCGUCGCAGCAGCGGCCCCGCCACCCUGGGAGCCGGCCCUCUCCCCCAACAGGCUGCUUCGCAGUGUCUGGCAGCUGGGGCUCGUCACAAUGCCGUAGACUGCAGGCCUCCGACACCCCCCCACCCCACCCCCCGGUCCCCAGACGGUCCGUCUGGAUGAGAGGCCACGGUGGGUCCUCACGGGCCGACGGGCGUGGGGUGGCUCAGCCAGUGGCCUCCGCCAGACAUGGCAGCCAGGUAGGGAUGGGAGUUCAAAGCAGCCAAGGGGGUCGGCUAAGAGCCACGGCGGGGGCCCCAAAUACCUCACGAACCUGCGUCAGCCCCCCGGCGGGUCCAGAGCCUCGGGGUCCCCUGGUGGGCGCCCCGCCUCCCCCACCGGCCCUGCAUCUUCGUUUCUGUGUGCUGGGAUGGUGGCCUCAGGCGGUGACACCCCACACCUCCCGGCCUCGAGGCCGCCCAGCAGCUUGUGGGGACCCCUGAAGUCAAAGCAUCGGCCUCUGGAG